CGACCAUGGCCACCGCCGCUGCCGACGUCGACAUCGACGACCACGAAAGCAAUGAUGACGAAGUGCCCGAGAUCGUUGACUUUGAUGUCAUUGAGAAAGCCAAAGAAAACAUUCGGCCCAUCGCCUCUGGCCGAAGAGUGACUGCUUUGUCCCAGAUCCUCUCUACGCCACAUGCCCAGCGCGAAGCGCACCUUUCCGCGAUGAAGAACCGCUAUCGCAUCAACGUUCAAGUGGCUUUGGAAGACGAAGACGACGAUCCGCUGGAGGUCUACUACUGCUUCGUACGCUGGACAGUGGAAAACUAUCCACAAGGCCACAAUACCGAGUCUGGUUUGCUGGAGUUGCUCGAGGAGGCGACGAGGGUGCUGAAAGAUGACAGAGGAGGAAAGUGGAGGCAGGACAUACGAUACUUGAAGCUGUGGAUUCUCUACGCAAGCUACGUGGAGAGGCCGGCCAUCAUCUACAGAUUCUGCAUCGCCAAUGAUAUUGGAACGGAGCAUGAGCUACUAUACGAGGAGUUUGCUCUUUCUUUGGAGCGAAGUGGUCGUCGGGCGGAGGCCGAUAAAGUCUAUCUACUUGGUAUAGCACGUCGAGCGGAGCCGCUUGACAGGCUGAGAAAGAAGCACGAGGACUUUCAGAAGCGCAUGAUGGUUGCAGCACCAAUACCACAACCAGAUGAACUUGCGUCUGAGGUCUCAGCUGCAUCCUCCACAAAGAAGCCACCCAGGCAAGCUUUAGCCACUCGCGCCGUCACAACCGAGAAACCGCACGAAGACGUCUUUUCAUCGAAUGCUGCUACUUCACGGCCGAGGCCCAAUGCUCGGCUGCAGAUAUUCGAGGAUCCCGCCGAUGCCGAACCUGAGCUCAUGGCCACUAACGCCUUUCCCAACGUCGGGACACGUACGUCCCGUGUAAAGGAGAAUGUACCGGAGGUUAAGAAGGCCUCUGGGACUACGCUACGACAAGCGGGUAGGAGUCAGAGACUUGCCGCAGCGGCGUCUGGGCGGUCUGGCGCGUCCAGGAUCGCUGUCUUCGUCGACCCUGAGCCAGAACCGGUACAGGAGAGUACUCCAGAUGAAAUGCAACCACCUCCGGUGCCGGAAAGGCAGAAGGGCAAAGCCAUGACGUCACAGUCCGGGAUGAAAGCGUGCAGCUUUACGCCAUUUGUCGACGACGCUGCUGAAGCAAGGAAGAAGAAAGACGAAGUAACCAGUUCAAGAGUUCCCGCGAAGUACAGCAACUUUACGCCCUUUGUCGACGACGAAGCUGAAGGCUCUGGAACGGCAAAGAAGAAGAAGAAAGGCGAAGCAGCCUGUUCAAGGGCCCUUGGAAAGUCUAGCAGCUUCACUUCUUUCUGUGAGGACGAUGCCGCAGAACCGGAAACAACAUCGAAGAACAAAGGCAAAGUAGCAGCCUCGCAAUCAGCGGCCAAAACACGUAGCUUCAGUCCCUUCUGCGAUUCGGAGGCUGAUGCACAGGAAACGAUGAAGAAGGAAACCAAACCAAUGGUCAUGCCAUGUACCAAGACAGCUACUUUCACUCCUUUCUGCGAUGCUGACUCCGAAGCACCGGAGGUAUACCAUGAUGAGACUACUGUCACCGAAGGACCGGUGAUCAAGGUCAAGAAAGCCGGGGCCAGAGAUACAGCGCCAGCUACUGAAGCAGAAGCAUUGAGGAGGGAUCCAUUCAAGAACUACGAUAAGAGUAUUCAUCCUGAUCUCGACGGUGACGAUCUGAACCUCGCAGCGUGAUCAAUGCAGGGUGUAAUACCUGACAUUUGUUUCACGCAUCCCUGACUGAGCAAUUCUACCCCUUGUAUUCGAUAUCUGCCCCACACGAUUGUAUGUAUUUGGUAUAACACGAUGCUCUCAUCACCAGGUUUUU